AUGACCUCUUCUAAAUAUAAAUAUACUAUAGGAUUUAUACGCUGCGUAGAAACAAACCAAGUUCUAUUACUAAAUAGGCAAAAAGCUCCCUGGAUGGGGAGAUGGAACGGUGUAGGAGGAAAACUCGAUCCUAAUGAAUCGCCCUAUGAUUGUAUAGUAAGAGAAACCUUAGAAGAAACGGGGCUUGAAUUGCCGCAAUAUGUAGCUAGGGGCGUUUUGACUUGGGAGACUGAUGGCGUAGAUGUAGGUGGUGGGUAUCUCUUUACCGCUGAUGUAAGCAAAGAAAUGGUUGCAAAUUAUGCGACACCCAAGGUCUUCUGUCAUGAAGGAAUUCUUGAUUGGAAAUUACUCGAUUGGAUCCUAAACAAGGAUAAUGUCGGUAUUGUAGACAAUAUACGUCUUGUUAUGGACAAUUUGUUCGAGGCUAAGGAGAAUGAUAUUUUUAAGACUAAAUAUAGGGAUGGUCGCUUGGAAUCUGUAGUGUAUUCUAGAGGGUAA